GUCGCGUCUCCUUUAAGAAAACCGGGACGACGAUUGUGCGCUGGGCUUUGAUAGCUUUUGGUUCUAUAUAUAUAUAUUUUUUGUUUCGUUUUGGUUUGGUUCACCCUUUCGAGUUUCGAAGUUGUAUCUAUUAUGGUUAUUGUUGGUUGUUCGCAAUGCAAGUUUGUUUUCUCAAGAAAACGACUAGAAAACAUCCGUAACAAUAUGGUCCUGAAAAUUUCUAUGUUUGGAGUGCAAUAUCGUACGCAUCCCAUACUAUUUUUCGGAUACGUGAUACGACCACCGUCUCGAUGUAAAUUGAAAUGAAACGUCUGCGCGUGGAUGAAACAGUGCAGGAAGGCAGUGGUCCACCGUUAUCUGGUAACAACUUAUAUCGCUCAUCGAUACCGAACACAACAUCGGCUAUAGCCUAUUCAGGUGCCGGAACAAUAAAAGUGGUUGGAAGCGAAGGCAUGCAGUCUAGUUUGUACCCUCCGACCCCGCCAGUAAGUUACGGUGUGAUGCCGACGGCGGCCGUUCCGCACUCUGGCAAGGGUCAGACAAUCCAGCCGCUCUCAGUGGGAGGCCACGCUGCUCAAAUAAGGAACAAGGGCGCUUCGCCUCCUUCAGCCGUUCCCCAAGUACCGGUACAAGGCGGACAUCAAGGGCCGGCCCAGCAACCGACGCCGCCGUCACAACAGCAGCAAGGGCAGCAGCAAUCACCCGGCAGUAAUUUUCAAAGACUCAAAGUCGAGGACGCGCUAUCGUACCUUGACUCGGUCAAAUAUAAAUUUGGCGAUAAGCCGCAGGUUUACAACGAUUUUCUGGAUAUUAUGAAAGAAUUUAAGAAUCAAUCCAUUGACACGCCGGGUGUUAUCCAACGAGUAUCGAACCUCUUCAACGGAUUCCCCGAUUUAAUAGACGGUUUCAACACGUUUUUGCCGCCUGGAUAUAAAAUUGAUGUGCAAAAAAACGAUCGCGGCUACGCUUUUCAAGUGUCUGUGAGUGUCCCUAGACCUACUGGUACCAUGGUUUCUGAGCCUGUUCAAAAAACUGCUAUGAUACUAACAGGUUCAGGAAUUAUCCAUAGCAAUAUACCGAAUCCGGGAGGACAGCAACCAGUUUCCGGACCUGUAUCCUCGAACGCCGCCCUCCCGGCACAUUCCCAGCCCUUGUCACUUUCCUCACAGCACGUUUCCUCUAUUCCUCCCCAGGCUCCCCCACAUUCCAAUCCCGUUUUACAACAGCAACACCACGCGACCGCUGGAGCUCCGUCUGCUGUUUACGGAAACGCCGUCACUCCCACUCUACAAUCAGCAGCCACCCAGCAACCCCACCAUCUCAAUUUAAACAGCAAUGGCAACAAUUCAACACCUUCUGUGCAACAACAGCAUCAUCAUCACCACCAUCACCAUCAUCAUCAAUCCCAACAGCAACCUCAUCAUCAUAACAACACGUUGCAAUUUUCUGCCGCGCAAGCUGCUGUCAAUCAAGCUCUACAAGGUGGACAUACCGAAGCACCCCAAAAUCAACCUGUUGAAUUUAAUCAUGCCAUCAAUUAUGUUAAUAAAAUUAAGAAUCGUUUUCAAGGUCAACCAGAUAAAUAUAAAAGAUUUUUGGAAAUAUUGCACACAUAUCAGAAAGAGCAAAGAACCUUAAAAGAGUCCUCCCAAGGUGUGGGUGGUGGAAAACAUUUAACAGAACAAGAAGUUUACAGUCAAGUAGCAAAACUUUUUGAGAAUCAAAGCGAUCUUUUAGCGGAGUUUGGUCAAUUUUUACCGGACGCAACGAGUCACAUAAACCCGCCCGCGAUGGCAGAUCAUCAACAGAAUAGCUUUAAAAAGCAGCCGCUAAAACCAUAUGGUCACCAUAGCGAUCGUAUCAUCGAUCGUAUUAUACCCCAUCAUAAACCGAGCCAUCUUUCUUCAAACCAAUUGAAAAGAUCGCCGCCUUAUCCAAAUUUAUUAAGCAGAGACGCUCCUUUACCGAAGAAACACAAACUCUCAUCGUCGUGUAGAGAUGUUACAAUCGCCGAAGCUGGCAAAUAUUGCACAUUAAACGAUUACGCUUUCUUUGAUAAAGUCCGAAAAGCCGUUCGUUCGCAAGAUGUUUACAACAACUUUUUACGAUGUUUAGUGAUUUUCAAUCAAGAGAUCGUUUCGAAAAGUGAACUUGUCCAACUUGUCACGCCGUUUUUAUCGAAAUUUCCUGAAUUAAUGAAAUGGUUUAGAGAUUUCGUUGGUCAAACGGACGUCGAAAAUAUACCUUAUAACGUUACAAGAACGGAAAGGCCUGUAGGAGAACAUACAUUGGACAUUGAUUAUUCUACUGCCAAACGUUUAGGUACGAGUUAUUGCGUAAUUCCACCGUCCCAGGAAGGUUUGAAAUUCUCGGGUCGAACGCAGUUAUGUCACGAAGUGUUAAACAAUCAGUGGGUGUCGUUUCCGUCUUGGGCUGAAGACAAUUCUUUUGUUGGAUCGCGAAAAAAUCAAUACGAAGAAUACAUGUAUAGGUGUGAAGAUGAACGAUUCGAAUUGGACGUUGUUAUUGAAACGAACGCUUCAACGAUUAGAGUUUUAGAAGGAGUGUCUAAAAAACUUAGUCGAAUGAGCCCUGAAGAAAUUGCAAAAUACCGUCUUGAUGAUUGUUUGGGGGGACAUUCGCCAAUAUUACAUCAAAGGGCUUUAAGACGUAUUUAUGGGGACAAAGCACAAGAUAUUAUUGACGGUUUAAAACGGAGUCCUGGCGUAGCUGUGCCCGUAGUUUUAAGGCGAUUGAAGGCGAAAGAAGAGGAAUGGAGGGAAGCGCAAAAGGGAUUUAAUAAAAUUUGGAGAGAUCAAAACGAGAAAUAUUAUUUGAAAAGCUUGGAUUAUCAGGGCAUCAACUUUAAACAGAACGACGUUAAAGCGCUUCGAUCAAAAAAUCUUUUUAACGAAAUUGAAACGUUGUUUGAAGAGCGAAAUGAACAAAACGACGAGAGUUCGUGUAAACCAAUUGUUGGUCCCCAUUUGGUGUUUCAUUAUCGAGAUAGGACAAUCCUUGAUGAUGCAGCUAAUUUGUUAAUUCACCAUGUUAAGCGGCAAACGGGAAUUCAGAAGGGGGAGAAACGGAGGAUUAAACAUAUUUUACGCCAGUUUGUGCCUGAUUUGUUCUUCCAUCCACGACAGCAACUUAGUGAUGAUGAAAGAGAAGAAGACGGUAAGUUUAUUUUAAUAUUUGAUUCUUAUUUGAUUUUCAAUUCCUUUUUGUGUUUAGAUGAUGAUAAGGAAGAUGGCGAUGAAAGUCCUAGAGGAUCAGUUGGAAAUAAUGAGAAACGCAAUAGUCCAGGAAAAUCUCCAGGAUGCGCGGAUGGUGAUAUAAUCUUUUCCAACAUUGAUAUUAAAGAAGAACAAUUGCCUUUACAUGCACAAACUGAUGAUCCUGAAGAAGCAUACACAUUAUUCAUGGCAAGUAACAACUGGUACCUCUUUUUAAGGCUACACGUGAUUUUAUGCGAGCGUUUAGCAAAAAUAUACGAACGAGCCGUUUUUCUAGCAGACGAAGAAUCGAAACAAAAAAAUAAUCGAAAAGAAAGUACGGCGGUUGCGUUAAGAUUAAAACCAAAACCGCAAAUAGAAGUGGAAGAUUAUUAUCCUGCGUUUUUGGAUAUGGUUAAAAAUUUGUUAGAUGGUAAUAUGGAAUCCUCGAUGUAUGAAGAUACGCUUCGAGAAAUGUUUGGUAUUCACGCGUACAUUGCUUUCACGUUGGAUAAAGUCGUUUCGUACGCCGUUAGGCAGCUACAACAUUGCGUGACGGAAAGAACGGCCGUUGCUUGUAUGGAAAUGUUUCAAAAAGAACAGAAACGAAGUGGGGCUGGCGGACCAUGUUCAACAGCUCACAGGAGGUUUCAUCAAGAAUUAGCGUAUCAAAGGGCGAUAGAAAAAGUUCAAGAUGAAAAUUGUUUUAAAAUUUACAUCUACAAAAAAGAUUGUAAGUUAACCAUUGAAAUGAUCGAUACCGAAACGGAGGAACCCAAAAAACUAGAAGAAGCGAAAAAAUGGAGUUCGUACAAAGAUAAAUUUGUGGAAUGUUCGAGUACAAUCAACAGGCGAUUACCGUUAUAUCUCAAUCGAAAUUUGAAAAAGUAUAAGAACCGGCAUUUCCGCACGCGGAAUAACAUAAUUUGCAAUGAUAUUAACGACAUUAAGAUCGAGAGAAGGGACGACGAGUUGAGCGUUAGUAAUAAACGACAGUCGGAUGGUGGCGAAAAAAGGGAUAAUAAGAGGUUGGAGCCUUAUGAAGAACUCGAAAAAAAAUUAAACGAGAGGUUGCCUUCGGAAAGGAAUCAAACAGAUCAUCCGGGAUAUGUUGUUUCUGAUGAUACCCAGUGCAGGUUGGAUUCUGCUAAUGCGGAAGUUACGUAUACUGCUGAUAAAGGAAGUAUACUUUAUAAGUAUGGAGCGUUUGGAAGAGCUAAAGAGACUCAUGCAGCUGUGACGAAACGACUGGCAGUGCAGUUCCACGCGUGGUUAAAGAAGUGGGUCAGUUCGAACGUCACGGAUGUGCAAUUGAAACAGUGUACGGAUUGGUUUAUGGGUCGUGGCGAGAAUGUGGUCCCGAACAGGACGCGAAUACAAACGAAUAACGAUUACACUCGCACGCCGUACGCGGUCUACAAUAAGUAUCACGUGGAAAGGCUCAAGGAUGACUCCGCUACGUGAAACGUGAUUUAGAAAAGUGCCGAACUUAGACGUGUUUAAUUAUUAUUAUUAUUAAAAAAAGAAUAUUAUUACUACGAAGUUUAAAGUGAGAAGUUCCUGUGAUGGGAUACGAUUAUUAUAAUUAUGAUAAUUGUGUAUAUGAUGAUGAUGAUGGUAAUUUUUGUGUUUGAAUUUUGCGGGAUUUGUUUUUAAAUUGAUUACGACGUUUGAUCUCUACCACCAGCUCACUUUUAUUGCUUCCCCCCAUUCGAUUUUUUUGUUCUCUGGCGGUUGUUUCAAAAUAUUUCUUUGGUCUUAAUUUACUUUUGAACACAAUCUCAUUAUUAGCGUAAUAGUAAUGUUUAAAUAAUUUAAUUCAGCUUCGAUUUAAGAAAAUAUUGAUACAUGGUUUUUUAAAAUACGCGUGUAAAUUGUUUAUGAUCAUUUAAUUUAUUUUUUACGUUUCGUACAAGAAGUGCUUAUAAUACAAUGUUGAUGAAUUUGUUUAAUAAGGUCUAAAACUGUUUAUUAUAAAUUACACCUUUAUUGUUCUCCUCUUUGUUUAAGGAAUCCUUAAAGUUCAUUUAAUGUCGUUAAGAUUUUUCUCUGUGUUUGUAUCACCUUUUUUUUAGAAUUACACCUUUUAACUUUUAUUGUUAAAAAUAGUACAAAUGUUACGUUUUCUGUUGCUUAAAAAAAUUUUACAGAAUUGUACUUUGAUUGAUCAUCGAACGUGAUGUUUUUUUAAGUUUUCAUCUUUAUUUCGUUCAUUUAUUUCAAAGCUAGUGUGUCUAAGCGGUUAAUUUUUCAUGUUUCUUUGUAAUUUAAAAGUUUGAAAAAUGAUAAUCGCAUUUAUGUUGACAUAUCUGUUUGCUCUUGUAUUAUUACGCGCGGAUAUUUGAGUCCACAUAUUAUAUUUAUUGAACUCAGGCACUGUCAAAACGCGAAACGAUUUGUAUAUUAAUAUCAAAGUAAUAUAUUUAAAAAAAAAGUACAAAAGUAUAUUUUUAUAUUGAAUAGAUGUGAAAAUAUAUUGUGUUGAAGAUA